AUAAUGAAUUCGGCAGUACCGGCCGGGACGUCGACAUGUGCGCCUGCAAACAUAGGAAAUCCUUUCUCAUCGAGGACAUCCUCAAGGACUCUAAGAAGCCUCACAGAAACUUGAGCAACGAACCUAAACAGCCUUUAACAUGUACGAGUAAAGCGCAACCUAUAGAUGAAGUGACGACUCGGCUCGCAGAUGUUGAUAAGUCAGAUAUAGAAUUGUCCAAAGUGAGCUUAAAUGUGGAAGUGAGAAGAAAUACGUAUCCAUUGUACCCGCUGCCGAUGAAGGCAGGUCUACCCUGGCCGUACCGUGUUAAAGGGAGCUAUUCUGUGGAAUCACGGCCUCCACCCAGCUACUACAGUGAGCCUGCCAUGACGGACCACCUGUUCCGCAGUCAGCUCGCCGCCACCAGACUGAUGGCACACCCCUACAGUAUACGACAUACUUACGGAUUUGAUAGAGUGGCGCCCGGUUGCUGCAGCCCAUGGUGGGGUGUGGGCGGGCGGCGCAAAGGCGGGCAGGUGCGGUUUAGCGCCGCACAGACAGCAGCUCUCGAGCGUAGGUUUGGUGCCAGCAAGUACCUCAGCCCUGACGAGAGACGAGCGCUCGCCGCAUCACUUAGACUUAGCGAUAGACAGGUGAAAACUUGGUUUCAAAAUCGGCGUGCGAAGUGGCGUCGUUGUGCGCCGGAUGCUGCGGACAGCGGCAGCCCGCCUUCCGCGGAGGACGCCUCCGACGAUGACGUUACCAUCGCCGAUGAACAAGACUGACACUAGAUGGCUCUGCAUACUCCUAAGCAUGAAAUUCUUCUGUCUUAACACUCGUGUAAGACAUAUUAGUUGUCUUUGUUUUUUCAAUGACAAUAAGAGAGAGGGCAAUAUGUUUUUACACCUCAAGACAGUACCAACUUGGAGAAUAUAAAAUAAAAAAGUAAUUAAAUUUAAUAUUAUGA